AUGAUUAUCUCACGUAGAAAAUUUGUCGCAUAUCAAUUUUCGGAAGAAAAGCCAGCAAAUCUGAAAAUUGGAAUUAAAUCUAGGAUUACUGAAAAAAGAAACAAAAAACUUGAGAAGUCAAAUAGAAAUUAUCUAAAGCAAAAGGAAGUCGUCAAAGAAGCGAAAAGUUUAAACCACAUUAGUACUGCCAGCGAUGAUCAUCCACUGGCUGUCGACGGAUUUCAGAAGAUAACAUUUGGAAAGACCACAGGGGAUAAUGAUUUGGAGCAUGGUUUCAUGAUCAGCGACCAAGAUGAUCAAGAUGAUAUGCAGGUUUUGCUGAAUGGAAGAAGCAAAAACUUUUUUUAG